AUGUCGCGCCAUAUCCGGAAAUAUUGCCCUAAAGCAGUCCAAAUGGUCACUGUAGACGAAGAAAAGGUUCAGAAAUAUUUAUUAGAUGCAAGGCAUGAAGCCGAACUGUCACACAUGCCUAAAAUUAGGCAGCUAUUGAAGCUGUAUGGUGUCAGGGCAGUUAAACAGCUAAGCCAGAAUUUUAUAUUAGACCCGCAACUUUCAAAAAGGGUUGUUUCUGGAUUAGGAAAAAACUUGCACUCCAAUUGCAUUCUCGAAGUUGGAGCUGGUAUUAUUAAGCUCUUACCGAGUAUUAGGUCCGGGCUCGUUGACAAGGUCCAUAUUAGAGGAGGGCCCCCUCGCUUUGUUGGCUAUUGA